GUUCUAGAAGCAGGCGGUCUGCCAUUUCUCGGCCUAGAUUCUGCUGUAGAUGCUCCCCUUGAAUUUUGAUAUACUUGUUUCUUAGUACAUGUUUUAUUUGUUUAGUCAUUCUCCACUAUAUUUAUUCAUGGAAUUCACAAGGACUAUUAAUACUACUAGCUGUAGGCUUCCACUUGCUGCAAGAUGGCAACAACCAUGGCAGAAAAAGAUCUUGGUUGCAGAGAUCAAAGGUGGUCUCUCAAGGGGAAGACUGCACUUGUCACUGGAGGAAGCAGGGGCAUUGGAUAUGCCAUAGUGGAAGAACUAGUUGGAUUUGGAGCAAGAGUGCAUAUUUGUUCCCGCAAUGAGAAAGAGCUCAACGAGAGGGUAGAAGAAUGGAAGAGUAAAGGGUUCGACGUUAGCUUCUCAGUUUGUGACCUCACUUCUAGAGCUCAAAGAGAGAAGCUAAUUGAAACAAUCUCCACUAUUUUUGGUGGGAAGCUCAACAUCCUUGUGAAUAAUGCUGGAAUAGUUACACUAAAAGAUUGUGUAGAUUAUAGUAUGGAAGACUAUUCAAGCAUAAUGAGUACAAACCUGGAAUCUCCUUAUCAUCUUUGUCAACUAGCACAUCCACUCUUGAAAGCAUCAGGAAAUGGAAGUAUCGUUUUUAUAUCCUCUAUUGCUGGCGUAGUUGCUUUGCCUAUGUUAUCUGUAUAUGCAGCAACUAAGGGGGCAAUCAACCAAUUGACAAGGAACUUGGCAUGUGAAUGGGCAAAAGACAACAUUCGCACAAACACUGUUUCUCCGUCUGGUACCAGAACCUCGAUCGUGUCAAAACUUGACCCAGCCGUUGCGAAGGCAUAUGAUGGGAUAUUGGGCCAAACUCCAAUUGGGCGCAUUGCAGAGCCCAACGAGGUUUCAUCGCUAGCGGCAUUCCUUUGCCUUCCUGCAGCUUCUUACAUUACUGGGCAAGUUAUUUGUGUGGAUGGAGGAUUAACUGUCAACGGUUUUUUGCCAAAGCAUUUCUGACUGAAACCGAUCACUCCAGUCUUUGUAUUGCUUUUAAUUCAGUCCUUCAAGUUCUAUCUAUGAAGCUCCAAAUUGUUAAGUUGUUCUUUUUCAUUUUGUAUGAAGCCAUUCGUAAGUUUCUGUAACUUCUGUUCUAAAAGAAAAUUGUUGUAUCAUUUUGACAU